ACAUUUCCAAUUGUCUACGCGAUUAUGGAAGGACGCACUACCGAUAAUUAUAUAGACGUCUUAGGAAAAGUUACCGAUGUUGUCAAAAUAGCACCUGACAUAGCAAUAGCGGACUUCGAAAAAGCUGAACGAAAAGCGCUACAGACGGUUUUCCCCAAUGUUCAAGUCCAUGGCUGCAACUUUCAUUAUAGUCAAGCGUUAGUACAUAAUGCUGACAAACACAAGAUACUCAAAGACGACCAAAAAGAAUUGGGUUGGGGUUCAACCAAGUUAUUGAUACCUUUGGCUUUCUUGCCCGAACAAUUAGUAGAAGAAGGCUUUAAAAUAAUUGAUACAAUUAUUUUCGACGAUUGCAAGUACUUGCAAUCAUUUUUUAAUUAUUAUUGGGGUACAUGGCUGAAUGGCUUUAAGCCCGCAUUUGGCAACGUUACUCUUACUCCACAGGGAACAGGGAUUUUACAUGCACGUGGUUAG